GGGGCUGCAGGCGCGGCCAUGGCGCCGGUCCUGGCGGGGCUGCGCGUCUGCCUCGGCCUCUUCUUCGCGCUCACGGGGGCGGCCAAGCUGACGGAGCAGCUCUCGCCCCAGGUGCACGCGCAGAUGAAAGCCCAGUUCGUGCAGUUCGCCGACGUCUUUCCUCUCAAGGACUUGGGCUACCAGCCGGACCCAGACCGGUACCUGCAGGCGGUGGGCUGGAUCGAGUUGGCGGCUGGCUUCCUGUUGGCUUUCGGACCCCAGCUGCUCCGAGAGAUCAGCAACUUUGUCCUCACCCUGGUGAUGAUAGGUGCCAUCUACACCCUCCUGGUGCUGAAGGAGCCAGUGGCCAUGUGCGCCCCGGCCGCGCUCUGCCUCGGCCUUCUGCUGCUGCUCAACAUCCGGGGCCGCGGGACCCGACCCCACAAGGACAAGUUCCAGUGAUACCGAGACCCCCGGACCCGGCCGGGAGGAGGAUGGAGACACCCCCGCCCCAUCCCCCAAAUACACACACACACACACACACACACACACACACACACACACAUCAGGAGGGGAGGCCGCGGCCCUCCCCGGCCUUUGCACCAGGCUAGGAACUGGAGCAGAGCUCGGUGCUGGGACAAUUGGGGUUAUUUUUUUGAGAGGGGCAUCCCUUCGCCCUCGACAUCCCUUCGCCGGGCUCGGAUUAUGCAAUCCCCGUGGCCCUCCCCCGGCCUCCCAUCCCCAUCGUUCUGCUGGGGUGGGGGCGAGUCUCCCCCCAAGGUCCACAACUGCCGUUCUACCCUUUAUUUCCCUCCCCGUCCCCUCCCCCCAACCUCCUGCCUUUGUCCUUCCCUCCUCGCCCGGCCUCCGGCUCGCUUCUCCGGCCUUGGAGCUCCACCCUCCAGACCCCGGGGAAGGGGAAGGGGGGUGAACCCCUCGAUGCUUGCAAUAAGGGGUGGGGGGGGGCUGUCUGGAUUCUACCCCAGCUUCCGGCCUUCUAAGAAUGACGGGGGCACGUGAGCGGUUAACCCCCGCUGGCCUGUGCUAAAAUGGGAUGAGUCAAAUAUAUAUAUUUUUAACCUUU